GUUCGUAGGUGAAUGUUUGGUUGGUUGGUUGGUUGGUGCGCAAGUCCAGACAGGAGAAGAGACAGCGAAGGGGAAUAUCAAAACCACAAAGGCUUUUUUCAAGACAAGAAAGGCUAAAUUCGGUGAGCAACUGUAAUAACUACAGUAUGAACCCUGCAUAUAGCCCCACUCCAUCAGGGGUCCCUUUUGCUAACCCAAAGGGAAUAGGGUACCCAGCGGGUUUCCCCGUUGGCUAUGCGGCUGCUACACCUGCAUACUCCCCUAACAUGUACCCUGGAGCCAACACGGCCUUUCCCACAGGUUACACUCCGGGCACACCAUACAAAAUGUCAUGUUCUCCUGGCACUGGUGCUGUCCCGCCCUACUCCUCAUCCCCAAAUCCGUACCAGGCAGCAGUGUACCCCAUGAGGAGCUCAUACCCCCAGCAGAACCCCUAUGCUCAGCAAGGCGCUUACUACACGCAGCCCCUGUAUGCGGCUCCCCCGCACGUCAUCCACCACACCACCGUGGUGCAGCCCAACGGGAUGCCAGCCGCCAUGUUCGCCCCGCCCAUCCCUCAGCCCCGUGGCAACGGCGUCUCCAUGGGAAUGGUAGCAGGGACCACUAUGGCGAUGUCAGCCGGGACGUUGUUGACGACCCACUCUCCGACUCAAGUAGGCCCGCACCAAGUCACGAUCCCCACGUACAGACCCCCUGGCGCGCCAGCCUACAGCUAUGUGCCCUCACAGUGGUGAACCGUUGGCUGUGAUUUCAUUCUUCCAGACAAUUAGAGUCCAAAUGGAAAGAUUCCUUAAAAAAAAUUUAAAAAAUUAAAAAAUGGAGGAGGUGGAGUGAGGAUCUUCCCUGUCUGGACCCGAUGUGGAAACACCGCCCCACACCCUUCACGCCGUCUGCAGCACAUCUCACCGCCCAUAACAAGGUCUCCAUGCAAAGCUCAUGUUUUUGUGGACCAUCUUGCAGUUUUAUAGUGAUGGAAAGGGAGUUUGAACUGAUUUUAUUUGGGAUUCAUAUCCAGUUGAAUGCAUGUUUAUAUUCAAUUCAACGACUACAGAAAAAGCUUGCUCAAUUUACCCACAGUGACUGAUGCAAAAUCGCCCUAAGCAGAAAUCCUCCCUAAGCAGAGGGAGAAAAAAAAAAAAAAAA